CGGCGGCGGCGGCGGCGGCGGCCCUUGAGGUGUAUAUCAAAGAGCUAGAGGAGAUUCUUAUAGGUUCACGUUGAGAAGUAAAUGAUUUAGGAGCUAAAUUGUGAAAUAAGAAGUCUGCAACCAUGUUCGGCUGUGGUCCUGCUAGACCCCCAGACCCCAUGGCUAUCCCACCAUCCUACUGUGACCUGGGGAAAUCUGCCAGGGAUGUAUUCAACAAAGGAUAUGGGUUUGGAAUGGUCAAGUUAGAGUUGAAGACCAAGUCUUCCAGCGGAGUGCUGGAAUUUAUCACCACUGGUUCCUCCAACACAGACACAGGCAAAGCCUCAGGCAGCCUAGAGACCAAAUAUAAGUUCAAGGACUAUGGACUUACGUUCACUCAGAAAUGGAACACUGACAACACCUUGGGGACAGAACUGUCCAUGGAGAAUAAGCUGGCUGAGGGACUGAAGCUGACCCUUGAAACCAUGUUUGUACCAAACACAGGGAAGAAGAGUGGAAAGUUGAAGACAUCCUAUAAACGGGAGUAUCUAAACCUAGGUUGUAAUGUUGACAUUGACCUCGCUGGACCAACCAUCCAUGGCUGGGCUGUUCUGGGCUAUGAAGGUUGGCUUGCUGGGUAUCAGAUGGCUUUCGACACAGCCAAGUCCAAACUUUCACAAAAUAACUUUGCAUUGGGAUAUAAGGCAGCAGACUUCCAGCUGCACACAAAUGUGAAUGAUGGCACUGAAUUUGGUGGCUCCAUCUAUCAGAAGGUUAAUAACAACAUUGAAACAUCUGUCAGUCUUGCUUGGACCGCUGGCAGUAAUAACACUCGGUUUGGUAUUGCCACCAAGUACCAGUUGGAUGAUAAAGCUUCUGUCUCGGCCAAAGUCAAUAAUGCCAGCCUCAUUGGACUUGGCUACACUCAGACCUUACGACCUGGUGUGAAGUUGACUCUCUCUGCUCUGAUUGAUGGCAAGAAUUUCAGUACUGGCGGCCAUAAAAUUGGGCUGGGAUUUGAGCUGGAAGCUUAAUGUAGGUUUUAAUGAAGUAUUAGAUCUUUAUUGGGAAGAUGAAGGAGAAAACAAACCCCACAUGUUCUGGCCUUAAACUCUUCCGUGAAACUUCAAAAAGUGUGAACUUGAUAUUCUUCCAAAGAAUUGUUGUAACCCCCAACAUUGAAGUCUGGAGAGUGCAAACCUACCAUGAAGGGCAAUACUUGAAGGCAUGCAUGGAAGUUGUAAUGGUUGUGCUACAUUUCAGUUCAGUUCCUCAGUUUCUUUAAAAUGUGUUCCUCAGAAGACAGCAUAGCAUCUGGUGAAAGGAAAUAAUCUCCCACCCUUCUGUGUUCCUACAUCACAUCCUGCAUGUCCUGCACCUCACGACCUUUUGUAUAACUGGUCUCUGUGCUGUAGUGAAAGCUUUGGUUUUGCAUCAAAGUGGAAAUAAAUCAAAAUCACAUUUGGAAGUUA